AAACUGGCGGCGCGGGAAUGCGACGCCUGGCAAGCGGUCGCGCGCCACCGGCACGAGCGACCGGCGUAUUUCGGCGGCGAGCCCGGCUCGGCCGACCACAUGCGGUCGCUUGAGAGGCUUUUCCACGCGCCUGAGUAUUACGGGCAACCAGACGGGUCGAUCGAGCACCUGCUUUUUAUAUCGCAUUUCGUUAUGCCGCACUCGAGGUUCAUGUUCACGUUGGACGGCGACGAAUUUAAUGGAGAUCCUGAGAUGGAAAUUGACUAUCGAGAUUGCCGCCCGUUGCGCAACAUGAAAAUUUAUCGUCUUCCCGAUCGUCAUCCCCACGUACUACUUAUCGGUCGUGACAACCCGGUCGACUAA